CAGCGUCUCCGCCAUUCACGCCAGAUUGAAGUGAGGGAGUGAUCUUCACGAUCUCACCGCCAUCUUUCUCUCUCUCCAAUUUCCAUUCCAAUCCCCGGAUCACCACAAGACAUUUUCUUUUGCACCUCAACUUUCUCAAACAAAUCAACCAACCAAACCUUCCCCUUCCUUCUCCCUUUCCCUUUUCCUCUCUUAUUUCUCUUCUUGGUAUUUCGCCAUUGGAUUCUUUUUCACAAUUUUCCCCAAAGAACCAACUCUUAUGUCACCCAAUUCUGCAUCCCUUUAAAUAAAAUAUAUAGUAGAGGCCUUGUUUUUAUCCUGUGGGUGUGAUUGGCUGCCGGGGGGCUUCAGAAAACAUGGGGUUUGAUGAGAAGAAAGGGGAGGAUAAGAAGGAGGCUACUGCAGUUGCAGAUUCAGAUGCUGAGACUGACAAUGAAGGAGGUGGAGGGAGGCCGAUGAGUGAGAGCUCCUUUUGCACCACUGAGGAGGAGGAGGAGGACACUGCAAAUAAGAUUCAGUUGGGGCCUCAAGUUACUCUCAAAGAACAGUUUGAGAAAGAUAAGGAUGAUGAGAGCUUGAGAAGGUGGAAGGAGCAACUUCUUGGGAGUGUGGAUAUCAAUGCUGUUGGAGAAUCUCUGGAAGCAGAAGUGAAGAUAUUGAGCCUUUCCAUGCUAUCUCCUGGUAGACCUGAUAUCGUUCUCCCAAUCCCGAGGGAUGGAAAUCCUCCUAGCCCGUGGUUCAUAUUGAAAGAAGGGAGUCGUUACAGCCUUAAAUUUGCAUUUCAGGUCAGCAAUAACAUAGUUUCUGGUCUGAAAUACACAAACACAGUAUGGAAAACUGGCAUGAAAGUGGAUGGAUCAAAAGAAAUGAUUGGGACCUUUAGUCCUCAACUGGAGCCUUAUACUCAUGAAAUGCCAGAAGAGACAACGCCCUCUGGGAUGUUUGCUAGAGGAUCAUACUCCGCGAAGACAAAGUUCCUUGAUGACGAUAAUAAGUGUCACCUGGAGAUCAACUAUACAUUUGAAAUCAAGAAAGAAUGGCCUGCAACAGGGUAAUCUUGAACAUUGUUACCUGGGAUGUUUCUUUUUGUUCAUCAUUAGUUAAUUAUGUUUGUCUUUUCCACUGGUUUUUUUCUGGAGAGGAAAGGGGAAAACUCCUGCUGCACUUGAUAGGAGUGGUAGAACUUAUAGCAAGUUAGAUUUUUUGUUUGUUUUUGUUUGUUUUUUGUUUUGUUUUGUUCAAUAAAGUUGAGUUUUGGACCAUUACAUUUUGGAAUGCCUUUGGUUUAUGUA